AUGGAGGAGAGGCAGGUCGACAACGCCACCUCCUGUCGAGCUGCCAGAGGGUUGUCAUGGAGACGGAGCAGGCAGUCAGAGCCGAGAGGAAAGAACGCAGCGAUUCUGGCAAUCAUCUCCAUCCUCUUCAUUGUGCUCUCCACAAUCGCCCUGUCGCUGAACACCCUCCCGGAGCUCCAGGACACCGAUGAGUAUGGCCAGUCCACAGACAACCCUCAGUUGGCUCACAUUGAGGCCGUGUGCAUUGCCUGGUUUACCAUGGAGUACCUUCUCCGCUUCCUUUCCUCACCCAACAAAUGGAACUCUGUCAGACUCUUUGUUGAGCCCGGGGACUUCGAUAUAUACCACUGCCAGCAGCAGGACCCCACCUAA